CACCAUGGCCGCCCCGGGGCCGGCGCGGCUCCUCCGGACCGCCGCCGCCUCCUCCCGCCGCUGGCUCUUCUCCUCCAGCUCGCCGGCAGGCGGGAUGAGGCCGGGCUGCGGCAGCGCCGCCGCUACUGUGAGGGCAGCGCGGCCGUUCAGCCUCUCUGCCCGGGCGGUGCUCAGCUCAGAAGAUAAAAUAACUGUUCAUUUCAUAAAUCGCGAUGGUGACAAACUGACAGCCAAGGGAAAACCUGGGGAUUCACUGCUGGAUGUUGUUGUUGAUAAUAAUCUAGACAUAGAUGGUUUUGGUGCAUGUGAAGGAACACUAGCCUGUUCAACUUGUCAUUUAAUAUUUGAAGACCACAUAUUUGAGAAACUAGAUGCAAUUACUGAUGAAGAGAUGGACAUGCUGGACCUGGCAUAUGGCCUCACAGAAACAUCACGUUUAGGCUGCCAAAUCUGCUUGAAGAAAUCAAUGAAUGAUAUGACUGUUCGAGUACCAGAAGCUGUUGCUGAUGCUAGACAAUCAGUAGAUAUGAGUAAAAACUCCUAAAAGAAAAUACCUUGGGGGUUUUAAAGAAGCUUAAUUAUUUUUAUAACUUAUUUUUAAAUGUGUAAUUAAAUAUGGAAACUUACAUAAUUGUGAGUUAUUUUAUAUGACUAUCAAUAUUAGAUUAAUGCUAUUUUAAUUUUCUUUAUAGAACCUCUUAUAUUUUUACGCUUAAAAUGCAAUAAUACUUCUUGUAAGUAAUCAUUGGAUUAUAAACAUUAUCAAGUGUAUUACAGAUUUCAUAUAAAAUUAUUCUGCCAAAACAUUUAAUGACAUUUGGAAACUGGAUCACUUCUACAAGACUUCUCCUAAAAAAAAAAAACUCUUAGUAUUUCUUGGUUUCAGACCUGGAUGUGUAAGAGAACAAAACUUGUAAGACUGAAUGAGGUCUUUUUGAAGUGUUGUCGUUAAAGGUGGUAUGCUCAGAGUUAAUUCACGUUCUCAGUAAACAUGAUACUUCCUCAGCAAAUAGUGGACUUUCAGGGUAGGAGUUUUUCAAACUUUGGAAUCUUAAUGAGAUGUGUCAAAUUUUGUCUUGCAAAAUACUGCUAAACCCAUGAAUUCUGCUAAACCCAUGAAUUCUAGGGGCCAUGUUAUGGCUCUAACACAGCAAGCACCUAAACACCACUCAGCUGUUUGCUUGCACCCCACCACUGCCUACCCCCCACCCAAAGCAGGGUGGGGGAUAGAGUUGGGUAAAAAAAAAAAAGUAAAAUUCAUGUGUUGAUACAAAGACAGUUUAAUAAGACAGAAACAGAAGGGAAAACAACACUAAUGAUAAAAGAAUUACAAUAUACAAAAAAAGUGAUGGACAGCGCAAUUGCUUACCACAUGCUGACUGAUGCCCAGCCAGUUCCUGAGCAGUGACCGCUGGCCAAGUUUCCCCCCAGUUUAAUAUUUUGAGCAUGGCACCAUCUGAUCUGGGACAACACUCUGAUCAGCUGGGGUCAGUUGUCCUGUCUCUGUCCCCUUCUAACUCCUUAUGCACCCCAGCUCACUCACUGUUGGGGUGGGGUGAGGAGCUGAAAAGUCCCUGAUUUAGUUGUUGCUAAGCCAUGUUUACACUAAACCAUCAGUGCAUUAUCAGCAUUAUUUUCAUUAUAAAUCCAAAACGCAGCACUGUACCAGCUACUGGGAAGAAAUUAACUCUCCCGGCUGAAAUGAGUACAGGCUGACGCAGAAUGUUGGCACCUGCAGCUUAACUGUUGCCCAAAUCAGAUGUCAGUAAACCUCAACAGUUUUUACAUUUGACUACACCAGAAAUAAAAGGAUACACAGGGCUUAGAAAAGUGAAGUCUUGGAGGUGUCUAAUGGGAGAACAUAACCACUGGAUUUGCAAAUUUACCCAUCAUAAAUUCUUGCUGUUCUCUGAAGAUGUUGGAGGGGGCAAUGUUUGUCAAUGUAAGAUUUAUUCUGAAAUCAUUAUCCCUUUCUCAGUUUUGAGCUUAUGCAGGAGGCAGUCUGAUAUUAGCUAGGGUGCUCAGCUUGAAGAGAUUCCUAGUUUCUGGGCCUUGCUCUCAGGAUCAUUUCAGUAAUGGCUGUUGUGAAAUGACCAAGUAUAUUUAUUCCAGAAAAAUGGACUUGGUUCCCCAGAAGGUAUAGGGAGAACCCAUGGUGAGAUGACAUGUGGACUGAUGAUGAAGAGCUUUCAGUUGAAUAUUGUUUUACUCUUUCUAAAGUAGCUCAAAAUAAAAUAAUGUCUCUAAGACUAUUAUUCUUUCCAGCUUUGCGUAAAUACUUAACAACCAAGAGUUGUUACCCUUAUAACGUAAUUUUGAUAUUUGGGGCAUAUUUGUAUACAUUUCUAUAUAUAAACAAUGUUUAUUUACAUUUGAAUGAUCUAAUGCAUUCAUUAUUGCUUUAUUUGAACUGAUAAUGAUAUCUGGGCAUCUUUUCUUGCAUUAUUACAUAUAUAUGGGAGAGGGGGAGAAAUUAUUUUUACAGUGUGGAAUAUUGGGAUUGUUUUGAGCUUCAUAAAGAGGAAAAAAGGUCCCUCUUUUUUUAUAAAAGUUAAUAUUUUCUAGAACUGUAUUGAAAAUAGAUGUGGGUCAGAUUCUUUGAUUUCCUCUCUGAGUUACCUUGUUUCCUUGUGUUACCUUUGGGCUUUGCCCUAAUGCAAGAUACAGUAACUGGUCUGUUCAGAACUUAAUCAUGUAGAGUUUUCAGAAUACACUUGUGAUCUCAUCUAAAUCAAACUGUGACUUCAGAGCUGAAAUUUCCAGGCUUUUUGAAAGGCAGAUCAAGGUCAGGGAGAAGCACGGGCAUAAAUGGAAGAAAUGUUCAGAAGAUGCUGCUGUCUUCCUCUUCAGCUGCUGUGACUAACCGUAAUUUAGAGGUUGCAUUCACACAGUCAGGCACUAAGGUAAAUCUUACUUUAUAUUGCCUUUUUACUGAGCUUAUUUGUAUACAGUAGUCAUCAUUAUUAAAUCUCAACUUUUUUUUCUCUGUUUUUACAUGAAACACAGCUCAUUAGCUUCCAAGAGAGGGGACUUGGGUCAUAACAAGAUGCACUGUGCGUUCUUAACAUCAGAAAGAAAUUUGAGAUUUCAGUAUAGUUGUGAGUUUUAGGGGUAGAUGUUACUAUUUGUUCAGUUUUAGGGUUGCCUUGGGUUUUGUUUUAGAUUUGUGGGGGAAUUUUUUGUUGGCUUGUUUGAGGUGUUUUUCAUACAGCACCAGGCACUUCUUGUGGGAAUCUUGAAGUGCUUAACACUGUGUAAAACAAAUGUGAAACAGGUCUCAUGUGAUGGUUUUCUUUCUAAGACAAGGUUGCUUCAUUGCACGUUUCCUGUGAUAGCUUCUCAUUACAAAGACUUUGACUCUCCUGUAGUGUGCCUGUGGAAGGAAUUACUCAGCACAGCGAGGCAAAAAAGGACACUUUGAAGUUUCGUUUUGAAUUCCCACAUUGCAUGCAAAUGGAAAUCUCAGAGGGCAAAGGAACUGACUUGUAGUCCCCAAAAUGCACAGCUCAGAGAUACUAGUUUAUUGUCAAAAUGAUUUGCAAAUAAAUCUUAUUUUUAACCUCUUUCUGA